AAUGGCGGUGGUGGAGGAGGAGGAUCGGCACAAUCAGCAGCUGAUGUUUUCUCUUCAUUCCGAGUCUAUUGUGCGCGUACAGGGGUUUCUGCAAAAGAGAUAACCAUAGAUGAUGCAGAUGUUUCUAAAGCGCUUCUUCAUUAUGUCAGCAAUAACUUAGUUGCCAAUCUCGUUAUAGGCGCAUCAACCAGACCCGCUAUUGCUAGGAAAUUGAGAAGCCAUGAUGUGCCAACCAUCCUCAACAAGUAUUCACCGGAUUUUUGUUCUGUUUAUGUAAUUGCAAAAGAGAAGCUCAUUUCCGUCAGGCCAGCCGUGAUGGGACUCAGUGUUAUAAAUCCUCCAAGUACACCAUCUCCAAUCAAACCUUCACGCCCUGAACUGGAAGAUGAAAUCAGGAAUAAACCUGUAAACCGAGGAAAUGAAAGGGAGAAGGAGAGGUUUCCGCAGAAGUUGAAUUCGUCUCUGUCAAAUUUACCUAGCUAUGAUUCCCCAGCCAUUAAUUUGCCAAUCCAGAAGACGGGAAGUCUCGACGCCUUAAUUCAAAAUUUGGAUUUGAAAACCGAGUCUGAGAAAGAUGGCAACAGCACUAUGGGAUCUGUAAAAGAUAUGGAAGCUGAGAUGAAAAGGUUGAAGAUGGAGCUGAUGCAAACCAAGAGAAUGUUUGACACAGCUUGCAAAGAAGCGAUAUCAGAAAAAAGGAAGGCCGACGAGCUGAACACAUGGAAGAAAGAAGAAGCACCCAGGAUUGAAAAAGCCUUGCUCUCAGAAGUGUCGGCUCUUGCUUCUGUAGAGGUUGAAAAGGCUAAAGCCAAAACUGCUAUUGAAGCUGCCGAGAAGGCUCAGAAGCUAGCUAAGUUAGAAAAACAGAAAAGAUUGGUAGCGGAAAUGCAAGCCAAGCAAGAGUUGGAGAAAAGAAGAGCAACUGUUUCGUCAAAUAAAAGUAUAACCUGUAGAAACUAUACUCUAGAGGAGAUAGAAAUAGCUACUGAUUGCUUUGCAGAAUCAUUGAAAAUCGGCGAAGGUGGAUAUGGACCCGUUUUCAAAGGAAAACUCGAGAACACUGCAGUCGCUAUUAAAGUUCUUAGACCCGAUGCUAAACAAGGAAAGAAACAGUUUCAACGAGAGGUUGAGAUACUUAGCUGCAUCAGACAUCCAAACAUGGUCUUACUUCUGGGCGCAUGUCCAGAGUACGGUUCAUUAGUAUACGAGUUCAUGGACUACGGAAGCUUAGAAGACCGCCUAUAUCGAAGAAGCAAGACCCCCCCAAUUCCUUGGAGAAUAAGAUUCAAGAUCGCAACAGAUAUAGCAACUGGACUUCUAUUCCUACACCAAACGAAACCUGAGCCACUUGUCCAUCGCGAUCUAAAACCCGCAAACAUCUUAUUGAACAAGAACUUUGUGUGCAAGAUAGGUGAUGUCGGACUAGCCCACUUGGUCCCCGCUUCAGUAGCCAACGAGGUUACUCAGUAUCACAUGACCUCGGCUGCAGGAACACUCUGUUAUAUAGAUCCAGAGUAUCAACAGACAGGAAGUCUGGGAACUAAAUCCGAUAUAUAUUCGCUUGGUAUCGUCUUACUUCAAAUCAUAACAGGAAGACCACCUUCGGGGAUAACACGAUAUGUGGAGGAUGCUCUCGAGAAAGGGACCCUAGAAAGCUUGCUUGAUCGGUCUGUAUCGGAUUGGCCUAUUGAGGAGACUAUUAACUUUGCAAAAUUAGCACUUAAGUGUGUUGAGCUGAGGAAGAGGGAUAGACCCGAUCUAGACAAUGUUGUUUUGCCUGAACUCAGACGAAUAAGCAAUAUGUUCUGAUGUGCCACAAUUCACAACAGUUUGUGAGAUUGCCUUGGGACUAUUCGACUAAUCCCAAUGGCUGUUUUUUUGUUGCAUAGGUACUUAUGUUUUGUUUUUGUGCAAUUACAUUAUUGGUGGCCUAAAACAAAACCAACCAGUGGAUUAAUAUAAGACAAUUUUUUACA